UUUUACUUUUGCGAGCGAAGAAGGCUGGUAAAAUGUAUUCGUUUUAUCAGCGGGCGACCACUUUUCUUAGCACUACUAUUGUUUCUCUUGUGAUCUUGCUUAGCUUAUGCUACUGCAGCACUUUUUUUCUGGUAAAAGAAAGGCCACAAGUUGAGAUUAACUUUUCACAAAUAGAAUUAUUAAGAGCCCGUGAAACUAGGAAUUCUCCGUUUUCACAACUUGUCAAAGGUAGCUAUGACUUGACUAUGAACUUUACGCCGUUAUUCGACUGGUACACUAAGCAAAUUUUUGCUUAUCUAGUUGUGGAGUAUCCCUCCGAUAAGAAUAGAUUCAAUCAAAUUGUGAUCUGGGAUAAGAUUGUAACUCGAGGGGGGGAUUAUAAGCUUGACGUAAAAAGCCUUCCAGAGAAGUAUCCGCUAAUUGAUGAUGGAAUGGGGAUGGCCAUGAACAACAACGUCACUCUUACACUUUACUGGGAAUGGCAGCCCUACGCUGGCCCUCUUCACUAUGAUGGACAUUCCAAGCAGUUUAUCAAGAUUGGAAAUAUAAACUAAUUGUAGAUGUGGA